AGAAAAUACAAAUGCAAAAUUUGCGAAAAAAGUUUUACAACUUCUGGCCAUUUGGCAAGACACUCGAGGAUUCAUACAGGCGAAAGAAAACAUGUUUGUCCAUAUCCUGGAUGCGACUCUAGAUUUGCUAGACAAGAUAAUUGCAUGCAACAUUACAGAACUCAUUUGAAUCCAAAAAACAAAUCAAGAAAGAAGAAAACUUUAAAG